AUGCUUUUCAUGCUUGGCCGGCGCGCCCUCUCAAGGGUUGCACCCGCGGCGCGUGUCGCCUGCAACAGCGGCGUCCGCCUGCUGAGCUAUUCAGCACUGCAGCUGGCACCCAAGAGACGAGCAACGGCGGCAGCACGGGGAGCGGCUGCUGCAUCGGUGGCAGCGGAGGUGACUGAUGUCUUGCCGCGACGCCGGCAACGAAAAGCCAAAGAGGAAAGCCUUGACAACGAAAGCGUAAAACCGCGAGGGUCUCGGGCCUCCUCUUUGCCCCCCGCAAAAAAGAAGCUGAAGGAGGCGCGACCUGUAGUCGAGGCAGUAAAACGACCCACCCCCAUUUCACGCGAUGAAAAGGGUGAGACUGCCAACGCAAACUUCACCAUUGACGUCCUUCGUGUUGUGGAGGAGUGGGGGGCGGUGUGUGCAAAUGUGCAUUUGGAGGACAUGGAGAAUGGGGAGACACAAGGCGAAACUAAGAAUGCCGCGCCUUCCGCCCCUGUGGCGGCCAACAAAAAAGGAAGAGCCCAACUUGGUGCCGCUGCUCUUGCUGCACUCCUCGCUCGGGCUGCAAAGAUGCCAGAGGAAUACCCAACACUUUACGGCGUGCUGCAGGUUUACCAACAGAAGUCCCCCUCUAGAAAUGGUGUGGUCGUUCUCAACGCAGUGGAGCUUGUGCGUAGCGUGGAUCAACUCUCAACCCUCGUGGCUUUCCUGCGAGUGUAUCGUACAAGUGCUUUCAGCAGUACUCCGGUAUACGAGGCAGUUAUGGAGGAUCUUGUGCAAGCCGCGACGCUGCUUUGGCAUGAAAAGUCAAAUACCACCAUAAAAGGCGAGCGAAAUGAGACUGUUAUGCGGACCACACUGAUGUGGCUUUCCUUAGAACUCCGGAGGAAUUAUUUUGAGGUUAGUACCAAAGCAGCAAGGACGACAGAUCAACCCAAAGGAGGUACGAAAAAGGGAGGAGAGAAAAAAGGUGGCUCCCUUGAACACAGGGAAUGGUUAGAGGAGACCACCCGACGAUUACUUGCAGAAGUUACCGUCUCCGCCGCCGCCGACAUAGCCCGAGAAGCAACUGGUCGUGAUCUACGAACACUAACUGAGGGUGUGGUGAAUAUGUCCCUUGUGCUUCUUACUUCUGCAAUGGCAAGUGAAGUAGAAAUGUACGCUGCACACGCGGAAGCAUGGGAACGGGGAACUUCCCAAUUGCAGAAGUCUAUCGACGUUUACCUUAAUCGCAACUCAUCCGAGGAAACGUUGAAGCGUAGCAUGGAGCAGGUGCAAGAGCACGGGUUUGACUUGCUAGAUGCUCUUUGCUUUUUGGCAAUGGUGGACACCGCCCUUUCUCCACUAUUACGAGAACGCUUGAAAGGCAAUGCAGCUGACUGCUUUCUAAAACUGUGUUGUGCUGUGGAGGCACGGCCGGCCGUAUUUACGGAGGUCCUUUGCACCCCAGAAAUGGCACAACGUGUGCGGGCAUUACCUUCAAAAGAUCUUGGCGAGGCUGUUCAGGCAGCUAUCUUCACAGGUGCGGCACUCUUUUGUGAGCGCGCCGAUGACGCUGCGGUGGAGCAGAUGCUUCACAACAUGCGGGUGGUAAAAAUCUCGUCUCUUAGGCACGAAGGGGAUGUCUGCGUUGAUGCCGAGGAAAAAGAAGAAAACGAAACGGAGGAGCCGUCUCCACAAUCGAGGCGUGCGAAUAUCGCAUACGGGCUCUUUUCCGCUGGGUUUGACCCCGAGGCGGUGCUGAGUAGUGGGCUGUGCGUUGGACAUAGUGCGAUGGAGAUGCUUGAGCUGCUACAUGCUGCUGCUUUUUUCUCACGAUCGUUUGCUCUUUCCCCGCUGCCCACUCGGCUCUCCUUGCAGCUCACAGCGGAGAGCACAGCUCUGAUCGAGGCGCGUAUUCGGGCAGAGAAUCGUGCAGGGGUGGCACCAACAGAUUGCGUUGAGGGGCUGAAGCCCCUUGCAGACUUACUGGAAAAGUUCACCCGUGUGAAGUACAAGGAGGGUGGGGAAGGUGAUGCCAUUGUACCCCUUGGAACUGUUUUUUAUUUGGCUCUUGAAACCGCCGUAGAGCUCCUUGUGCGUGGAGAGGAAAAGAAGCUCAGUUUGCAGCUCCCACGGCUGCUUGCAUUAUUGGAGUGGGAGGGCUCGUACCAUUACCUUGUUGACGGGCUGUUGUUUUUAAUUGAUGGAUUUGUUGGGCGUUUCCGCAUCGCAGGACGACGCCAACACGAGCGGGCAGAACAAAAGUGGGGCAGCACGUCUAUGGAGGUUGAACGCUCCUUGUCGGAGGUGACGGCGCUUUUUGUUCCACGUGUUGUAGAGGCGGUUCAGAGACAAUUGGCGAAAACAAAACGUGCCAGCGUGAUGAGUGAUGCAGAGCAAAAGGAGGCGGCACAGUUGCUGCAGGAAAUUUUACGCUUUACCGUCUAUGUGGCUGCAUGCGGCAUGAAUGGGGCGACAGCGAAGCAACUCGUUGGACUGCAUACCAUGGUUGUCAAGGGACUCACCUCUGGCGCUUCCGACGCCAGCCUUGCAUCGUUAUCGGAGACGGUCAUACGGAUGAAUAUUCUUGUCUCGCAUGUGGCGGCGAAGCAACGGGAAUUUGGCGUCGCACGUCACCCUGGAUCACCUGGACUGCGGCACUGCAGUAUUUUUCUCAACGACGUCGUUGCUGCCCACUUAAAGCCGAUUGCGGCGGUUAUUCGCCGCGGUGGCAAUAUUGUGGUGGCUCAAGGGCGUUAUCAGGUGCUUUCCAUUGUGAGUCUUCUCUUCCGACUCGUGUCUGAGUAUGCAGUGGAGGCAGAGCCAACGGAGCUAAGAGCGUUUCGCACGGACGUGUUGGACCCCACACUGACGCGUGUUCUGCAGCAGCAAAACAGUGAGAAUGUGGAGUGCAACGAAACGCUUGAUCUCGACGCCCUAAGUGAGAUUACGGUUGUGAUGUGCGUGCCCCAUACGAUUCAUCACCUUUCCCGCCAACUGUUGGAUCAACUCGCCGCCGCAGUGACAGUGGCAGCGCCGAGGCAGUUUAAAUUGGCCCGUACAGAGGACCAGCGACGGUACGCAAGCAGAACAGCCGCGCGAUUGCUCGUUUCUGCCGCUGCGGUUUGCCAGCUCCGACAGGACGAGCUGACAGCACGGUACCUCUCCGUCGUGCAAGCGUUAGGGCCGUUGCUCCUUUCAGCGGAGAUUUCAGCCGUGUUGUGGUCUUUCGUGACAUUUCAUGUACCGUCAGACAGCGAUGCGGUUGCUGAACUCCGAAAUCGUCUAGCGGCAGAGGCGGGGGCGGCGAAUUCACUAUUGUCUGUGCCGGAGACAAUUUCAUCGCUGCAAGUGCUUUGCGAACUGGAAGACACCAUUAGGUUUGCUUAUCCAGCAAUCCUGCGGCGCAUUAUUUACUCUCAACAUCCGUUAACACCAGGGGAAGUUGGCAUUCUUGUACGCAUUGCUACAAGGCUGCAACAACUACGCGGCACUCUCCCUGAGGAUGACCUAAAGUUUCUUCAAGAACUUCCGAUCUCCCUUGCGGAAGUCGUGUUGCGAGUUCGUCAGCAGUGCUCGGCGUCGGAUCUACCACUUGUGUUGCAGGGGUUCGCUCAGUUGGAUGCGGAGCGUUACGGUGAUCUAAAAGACCGGGUUAUGAAGGCGUACAUCCUUCGUACCAUUCAGCUCCGCCCACUGCUGGGGCCCAAGGAGGUCGUUGAAUGCCUGGAGAGUUAUGCCGCGGCGCGGGUGAGUCAUCAAUAUCUGUUUGGUGUGCUCCUGGCACGCGUGGCAGACGUGAAGUUAAAGUUUUCAUUGCCUCUUGUAGUGCGUCUCGUUCGGUGCGGGGUGAACGCGUCGUGUGACAAUACCGUUCGAGCAGCGUGCCUCACGGCCGCGCGGCCGGUAUUUCUUGCACUUGUCCGUCACAUACUGCAAAGUGAUCCCGCUUCGCUUCCCGCUGUCGCAAGCAACGCCGUGGUUGUGUUGCAAUGCCUUACCGAAGCCUUUCCUAACGACCCCACUAGCGAUCUUCUGCUGCAGAACAUGGCGGCACACCACACAGCCCUCUCACUCUCUACAAUGAUGGCCGUGCUCGAACUGAUCGCGAGGAGGAGCUCGACCGAGUACAACAUUUUGAGGUGCAUGACAGAGCACGCCACCGCCGCACUUUUUCCACAGACCUCCCCCAAGGCAUUUGCAGAACUGACGCGGCUAUUUUUACGGUGUGGCGUGCGUUCUCGCAUUCUGUUUGAAGCUGUGUCGCAGCGUUUUAAGGAAAUUAGCAACAAAUGCGAUGCCGAUGUUUUGGCAACUCUUGCUGAGGCCCUUGCCGUCGCCCACGUUGACCUGGAACCGGAUGUCAUCUCAACGUUUCUUGAGCGCGUCGUGGCUCUUUCCGAAGGAAAGGAGCUACACUUUCAGUUGCACCAUUGUAUCGGCAUUUUAAAGCUGCUUUCGUAUCUGGAGACAAAAGAGGUGGCGCACGCCACUGCCCUUCUUCUUUUGUGUGCCAGAAAAGCGAUGGAGGCGAAUGAGGCGCCCCACGAUGGCGCAACGCUGCAAGAAGCCCAAAACAUUAAUAUUCUUUUAUCAGCCUGUCUUCGGGCAAACCCCUCGCGGCACCGAGCGCUUGCAAAGCAGUGCGCAGACGCGUUGCUGUGGAUCUUUGAGGCGGAGCGCCCUGGGAACGAAAAGAACUGCGGGAGCUGCCAGCUCGACCUCAUGCUCGUCGUCGAAUUGGCCAACCACAUGGUGCGGUUGGGGCUGGGAAGCCACCCUGCAGUUCCGCAUCUCUUCAACACCCUCUACGAGAAACGGAGCGCACUCAUGCGACGCCGUCUUUUGCUACAAACAGCCACCGAGACCAUCCAGGCAGCAGGGGAAAGCGCGCAUCAACAACUCUACGAUCUUCUUGUGCAGGGCAGACUUGUGGCCUAA